CCUUGGGGUGACCCACUUUUAUGGGAGAUGGAGGACCUAACCGACUGACUGGUUGGUUGGCUUGAGACUAUAUAUUUUUUUGGAGAAAUUAUAUUCUUACAGACGGGUUUUAAUUAAGGAAGUAAUUUAUCUUCCUUAAUUAAUCCGACUUAUUCCCCAAGCAAGAGGGCAUAUUCCUUGGGGUUCGGCUCCUAAAAAUAACCACCUCCCCAGUCCCUCUAAACACACCACAUCGAGCAUAAACAUAAUAGAGAGAGUGUUCAGAGAACUCGGGUUUUCGCACAAAACCGCAAGUAUUGAGAGGAGCUGUUUUAUCCUGGAGACGACCGGUUGAUAGUCUGUCGUGCGCAUCGAGGGCAGUGCCGCGAACGUCUUAAAGAGAGCGACCUAGUCCGCGACUCAGCUCCAGAUUCAGUAACCUCGUUCUUGUUGUUGUUCCAUUCCUAACAAUUUUAAGACGUUCGGCUGCUGCUAUGUCGACUGAACAGAACAACAUGGCCGGAUCUGGUGUUGUCGAUAUCAAUCGAUCUUUUUGCUUCGUUGGAGUCAACUUCCGUCGCUGGAGACAAAAGAUGGAGUUCUACCUGACGACCAAGAAGUUGGCACACUGCCUCACCAGCAUGCCCGUCGAGCUGCCGGAAGAAGCGACCGAUGAGGAGUGGGCUGCUUCUGCCAAGGAAAGGGAGCAUGACUUCUUGUGCAAGAACUACAUCCUUAACGGCCUGGCAGAUGAUCUCUACGACUGCUAUGUGGACAACAAUAACACCGCCAUGAUGAUCUGAGAUGCGCUCCAAAAGAAAUACGACACGGAGGAGGCCGGACUAAGAAGUAUGUUGUCAGUCGCUACCUGCGCUACCAGAUGGUGGAUGACAAGUCCGUUGAAGUUCAGUCCCACGAACUUCAAAAAAUAGCUCAUGAGAUCGUCUCUGAAGGUAUGCCUCUGGACGAUCAAUUUCAUGUUGCUUGCAUUAUUGAUAAGCUGCCCCCUUUGUGGAAAGAUUUUAAGAAAAUGCUUAGACAUAAAACCAGAGAAUUUUCACUGGAAAGCUUGAUUACUCGCCUAAGGAUUGAGGAAGAGUCCCGCAAGCAGGAUAUGAAAGAAGAGGUGAUGGCCGUCACUGCUAAACGACCCACCCCUAGAGCUCUUAAACCUAACCAAAAAGGGUUUAAAAGUAAGAACCAGCAGGUCCGCCCCCAUCAAAAUGGUGCCUCUCGAGGUAACCAAAGGGCCAUGGCCCAAACCUCUAAGAAUGACCCACCGUUUAUCUGCGAGAACUCGGGUUUUCGACAAAACCGCAAGUAUUGAGAGGAGUUGUUUUAUCCUGGAGACGACCGGUUGAUAGUCAGUCGUGCGCACCGCGAACAUCUUAAAGAGAGCGACCUAGUCCGCGACUCAGCUCCAGAUUCGGUAACCUCGUUCUUGUUGUUGUUCCGUUCCUAACAAUUUUAAGACGUUUGAACGAAAUCAAUUAUUAGAUAAUUAAUUAUUAAUCGGUUAUUCAAAAGAAUAUUCUAAGGAUAAUCGAUUAAAAAGGAAUAUUACAGACGGGUUUUAAUUAAGGAAGUAAUUUAUCUUCCUUAAUUAAUCCGACUUAUUCUUCAAGCAAGAGGGCAUAUUCCUUGGGGUUCGGCUCCUGUAAAUAGCCGCCUCCCCAGUCCCUCUAAACACACUACAACGAGCAUAAAUACAAUAGAGAGAGUGUUCAGAGAACUCGGGUUUUCGCACAAAACCGCAAGUAUUGAGAGGAGCUGUUUUAUCUUGGAGACAACCAGUUGAUAGUCUGUCGUGCGCAUCGAGGGCAGUGCCGCAAACGUCUUAAAGAGAGCGACCUAGUCCGCGACUCAGCUCCAGAUUCGGUAACCUCGUUCUUGUUGUUGUUCCAUUCCUAACAGUUUUGGUUGAGUGAAAUUAAAGCCUCAGAACUCCCAGCUCGAAGAUAAAAUGUAGGCAUUGAUAAGUUGGUGGGCAUCUGUAGCACGAGAUCUGCCUGCAUGAGUGUGUUUACCAGCAAAAGGGUCGCGUUUUAUGGAUAGGAAUAGACAUAGACUAUCAGGUCAAAAGACGAUGUCAAGAAUAAGGUGAUGUUAUGAGA